UACUGAACACACUGAGCAAAGAGAAAUACCAGCCAGAUUCUUCUUCUCCUUUCAUUCCAUCAGCCAAAGGCCUCUCUGCCCCAGUCUACGUAAUAAUUAUAUAAUGCAUACAACGGGACCUCAUUAUCUGUGGUACCGCCAAAAAAAGAAGAGGGAGGGAGGGAGGUUAAAAGAUUUUUGGUUAAUUUGUUGUGAGUUCUUUCCAGUUGAUCCUUGGCUCUCGCUCGGAAUGCAGAGGCUCUUUAGGGUUGGCCAGCUCUUCUCCACCACCGUCCUUCUUCACGGUGAAUGUAUGUUUAAAUUCUCUCCUCUUUAUCAGCGGUGCAUUAUCUUCAAACGUGGGCAAUGGGUUUUAUAGCCCACUGGACUCUACGGACAGUCAGUGGCUAGUUUGCAAUUGUUGUAUAGAAUGUAGUUGGAAGUGUGUUCAGUAAUUGAAACGAAAGAGAGAAUGACAAGUUGGGCGCACAAGAAAGGUAGGAGAGCCCCAAUGUCUCGCUUAGGAAGAUAUUCCCAUGUCUUUAAUCUUUUGAAGGCUCCAUAAGCAUAAGAAUAAAUAAUAUUAGGAUCUACGUUAAGUGAAAAGCAUUCUAGCUUUCCUCAAUCAAUAAACAGAGCAUCAUUCUUUCUUUCUCUCUCCCGUCUGCAAAUAGUAGGAUAAAUAUAUAGAUCACAUAUUGAGAAAGAAUUGACGCGGUAGCUUGAAACCAUAACCUUCUUUCUCUUUUUGUAUCUCUGUUUGUUUGCGAGGAUCUAUCCGUGAAGCCAAAAGUGAAUAAAUCGCCAUGGAUGAAGAGUAUGAUGUGAUAGUGUUGGGUACGGGUCUCAAGGAAUGCAUCCUCAGCGGUCUUCUCUCCAUUAAUGGCCUCAAGGUCCUGCACAUGGAUAGGAAUAACUAUUAUGGAGGCGAAUCAACAUCGCUUAAUCUUGUUCAGCUCUGGAAGAGGUUCAGGGGAAAUGAUAAGCCUCCAGCACAUUUGGGCUCUAGUAGGGAUUAUAGUGUGGACAUGAUCCCUAAGUUUAUGAUGGCAAAUGGCACUCUUGUUCGUGUCCUCAUCCGUACAGAUGUCAGUAAGUAUUUGUACUUCAAAGCCGUUGAUGGCAGCUAUGUCUACAAUAAAGGAAAGAUUCACAAGGUUCCAGCAACGGACAUGGAGGCACGCAAAUCUCCAUUGAUGGGCAUAUUUCAAAAGCUCCGUGCUCUCAAGUUUUUCAAUUAUGUUCAAAAUUAUAAUGCAAAUGAUCCCAAAACACAUGAGGGGAUGGACUUGACUAGAUUGACAACUAGAAAACUAAUUGCAAAAUAUGGUCUGGAUGACAACACUGUGGAAUUUAUCGGUCAUGCAUUGGCACUUCAUAGUGAUGAUCUCUACCUCAAUGAACCUGCACUAGAUACCGUGAAGAGAAUGAGGCUUUAUGCGGAGUCUUUUGCACGUUUUCAAGGCGGAUCCCCAUACAUAUAUCCUUUGUAUGGAUUGCGAGAGCUCCCUGAGGCAUUUGCACGGCUUAGUGCCGUCUAUGGUGGGACAUAUAUGUUGAACAAACCUGAGUGCAAGGUGAAGUUCAAUGAGGAAGGCAGAGUUGUUGGUGUCACAUCAGAAGGGGAAACUGCUAGGUGCAAAAAAGUUGUCUGUGAUCCUUCAUACUUGCCCAACAAGGUUAGGAAGGUUGGUAGGGUUGCAAGGGCAAUUGUCAUAAUGAGCCACCCAAUCCCAAACACCAAUGAUUCUCAUUCAGUGCAGGUUAUCCUGCCACAGAAGCAGUUGGGACGCAAAUCAGACAUGUACCUUUUCUGUUGCUCCUAUGCUCACAACGUUGCUCCAAAGGGAAAAUUUAUUGCAUUUGUAUUAUCUGAGGCGGAGACUGACCAUCCACAGACCGAACUUAAGCCAGGAAUCAACCUUCUAGGGCCUGUUGAUGAGAUAUUCUUUGAUAUCUAUGACAGAUAUGAACCAUUCAAUGAACCAUCCUUGGACAAUUGCUUCAUAUCAAGAAGUUAUGAUGCAACAACACACUUUGAGUCAACUAUCAUGGAUGUACUCAACAUGUAUACCAUGAUAACUGGAAAGGUUCUUGACCUCAGUGUGGAUUUAACUGCUGUCAGUGCUGCAUAAGAAUGAGGAUUGAGGAAAACCACUUUUGGUGAUUGAGCUGGUAAUUCUGCUUUAUUGCAAAUUCCAAGAGUGGCAGUGGACUAUUUAUUGUUGUCUAUUUCUGUCAUAGACUUAUAUCAUAUGUGAUAAAAUGUUGUUUCCCAAAGAAUCUCUGGGGAAUUAGUAAAUAAAGAAUUAUAUCAAAUGGUAAUAAAAUGUACAAUUACAUUUAUAAUGAACAAGAGUGGUAUUUCUAAGAAAUCAA